UUGCGAGUCUGUAGGAUAGGCACGCAUUUGAUGGCCUUGAAGAAGCGAUCCUCGUAUUUGCUGAACCCUUGAGAGGCCAGGCAGGCCACAAACACAUUCCAGAUUAGUUGGGCAACAGGAGCGAACCACGUGCUCCAAACGUCGCCUCUGCCUGCAGCUCGGGGCAAGCUCAAAUAGACUUCCCUAGAAUUUCUCCAGGAAAUGGUUGAGUCGGGGGAGAUCUGGCCCGCGGCUUCUUUUUCACCUGCCAAGGUCCGCAUGCUUCCUGCAGGGCCGUUUCACCAACAAUGAUUCCUGCGGCUUCUCCCUCUCCAGAAUGAGCACGAAAGCCAAUUUUACCUCGCUUCUGGUGGUCUCCCACAGCCACUCACUGCUGGACUCGGCCACCUUUGCAGAAGUCAGCAAACUAGAUGGCGUGGUGCAGGAUCUGCCUGUGGUGCAGGAUUUGCGCGUGGUGCAGGAUCCGCCUGUGGUGCAGGAUCUGCACGUGGUGCAGGAAAACGGAAGCCAGAUCCAGUACCAGCAGGCCUGUGAGAGGUACAGGGCGCUCUGCGUGGCCCCCAACCUGCUCCUGUACGCCUGGCAGGUGGACAAAACGCUCAACCUGAGCAGCAUCUCUUUCCCCAUCUCCAACCACAGUGGACACCUCCUCUACCUGACCGGCUUCUUUGGAGGACUGGGAUUACAGGCACGCACCACCAUGCCCAGACACCUGGAAUUUGAGGCAACUUCUGUGACAGUGAGCCCUGCGUUUCACCUGGCAUCCGUUCUCCACAUACUGUUUGCAGUCACAUCGUGCUAUUGCUGCUGCAAGUUCUGGGUCGAGAGUAUAAUCUGUGAACCUCAAGAGCAGGCUGGACUUGCCUGCCCCACUCUCAACGAUGAUGAGGAUCUUCUGGAUGGUCGCACAUCCUCAUCCAUCCCCACCCUGCUCGGCUCUGAGCCCAGCUGUCUGCCCCGGGGUCCAUCUCUCAGCCCUUCAGCAGGGAAAGCUGCCCAGAAUACAUGUGUUUUUAUAAAACAUCUGUCAGUUUCAUUUAAUAAUACCAAAGACUGA